AUGGAAGCAAAUGGAAAUUUGGGCAACAAAAUAUUGUCAUUUACAGGCUUGUUUUGGAAACUUCUGCCUAACCGUACGUACAUCGCCAAGGAGGAGAAGUCAGCACCAGGUCAUAAAGUUGGCAAGGAGAGACUGACUUUGCUUUUUGGGGGCACUGCUGCUGGUGAAUACAAACUGAAGCCCAUGCUGGUGUAUCAGGCUGAGAAUCCAAGGGCACUCAAGGGUAUUUCAAAGGGUCAACUACCAGUUAUCUGGAAGUCUUGUAGGAAGGCAUGGGUGACACUUGCAGUGUUUGAUGACUGGUUCACCAACCAUUUUGUGCCAGACGUGAAGCGGUAUUGUACCUCUAAGGAUAUCCCCUUUAAGGUGUUGCUAAUUCUGGACAAUGCCCCUGGACACCCUGCCCAUCUGGAUGACUUUAACCCUAAUGUCAAGGUGGUUUACCUUCCACCUAAUACCACUGCCCUAAUACAGCCUAUGGACCAAGGAGUCAUUGCUACAUUCAAGGCCUACUACCUCCGAAGGGUCAUUGGUAAUGCUUUAGCAGCAACUGAAAAGAAUAAGGACUUGACUCUAAAGGACUUUUGGAAAACAUACAACAUCCUUGAUGCUGUGAAUAACAUUGGUGAUUCCUGGGAUGAGGUUAAGCAGACCAGUAUGAAUGGUGUGUGGAAAAACUGUGUCCUCAGUUUGUGA